AUGCAGCCACAGUCUUCUUCAGCUCUGGUAACCUCUGGUGAAGAGCCAUAUGGACCAACCCCAAGGACCAAGCAGGUGCAUGCAGAUGCACCUGUGGGCUGGAAGGCAAAAAAGGCUGCAAGGUGGAGGAGGGGCAAAAACAAGGCUCGUCACCAGCAAUCACACUUCUCGCUUCCACCCAACUAUUCUGUGAGUCUCUCUACGCUCCCUGCGCUUCCCCUUGCUGACAGACAGCCUACACAUAACUUCCAUGUCACUGUCAAGGACAUCCUAGACUUCAACAACGUCUACAUGUUCCCCUUCCCAGACAAUCAGCACUUUCUCCUCUCGCUCCCUGAGCAUCAACUUCAAGACGCAGACGUCCCCAAGCAUCCAGUGUGGCGCUUCAUCAACACAAUUGAUACUGGCGCGAUCGACAUGCUUGUUUAUGCGGUUCAACAGAUACAGCAGGCUCCUGGAAUCACUGCUGCGGUCUCUGAGACGCACGGUGUUCACCAGUUCUGGCUCGGCGUUUGGUCCAAAUACAGCAAAAUCGCAUUUUUGAGCUCCCACUCGCGCCCGCAGCACCCUCAAGCUCAGCAAGCAGUGGACUUCCUUCGCUUCGUCUUCGACUCAUGCACGCGGAAGCUCAUGAAGCACCUCAAUGCGGUCGACCCUGACACAGUCAAGAUCAUGAAGCAAGCGCAUCGAGCGAACUGGGACCUACUUGCCGAACUCCACCUUCGUCACUCCAGUGGUCUACUCCAGCAGACACAGUAUGACCAGUUUCGUCUCACUGCGGUGGCCAUGGAGGAGCGCUCCUCAACUUCGACUUUGCCCCCUCAACCCUCUCCCUCAUUCACCAACCAACCCCACACCGCAUCCAAGAAGCCCACCAAACGUCGCAAGCGCAACCAGGCCGCGUCCACUCUCACCACCAAUGACCCCAAUGUCUUCGGCCAUCAGCAUGUGCGCUUCGGCAGUGCAGGCACCAUGCUUGCGGUCUCCCUCGGCGAAGUGCCAGUCUGGCAUCGCGACCUCGGCGACUCCAUGCGCGUGCCCUCCAUUGUCUUCACCACCAAGAAGGCUAUCCUCUCAAUCAUCAUUGAAUGCGGCACGAAGAAGACCCUCGUCACUGUCAAGAUUAACCCUGGUGAUGUGGUGGGUUUCACAGCGCAGCGCUACCUCCACAAACUCGUGCGCGAUCCCAGUGACAAGUCUGAUGGUGAGUUUAUGGUGUUCACAGCUUGGACAGAGGAGUACACUGAGGAGCUUGCGACCGAAGAGGGUGCACUGGACCGCAUCCUGGACAAGAUUGAGAAGGAGGCAGUGGAUGGCUUCAUAGUAUAA